AUGUCCGACCUUGGUGACCCCUAUGGCCUAGCAACUGAUUCACCUAUUUUGCGGCCCAAGUUGUAUUCCAUCAAACAGCGCGGCAAAACGACAACAAUUUACGUCCUGAAACAUUGGCCCGAACGGGAUAUAUUCUACGUCCACACCUCCUUCACCUCUCCUGCGACUUCGAGAAACACCCCUCUCAAGACCUUAAUUACUUCUGUACAAAAAGCUGCUUCUAUCCCCGCUGAGACCAACGCUACCAACAUAUCCGCUGCCGCCUCUGUUACUGAUUCUCGGCGCAAUGACCAGGGCGCUGGUACUGAGGGCUCUGCCUACCAAAGCGAAAGGAGCGUAAGGUCAGCAUGCGCGUCCACGCGUGUGAUCAGUGAUGCUUACCCGAAUAAGGGCGCUAAGACGCCAAGAAAGGACGAGCACAGUCCCAAGUCUGUCUACCGCAAGGCAAUGAAGCAGCUUGCUGUUCUGGAGGCUACUGUUCAACCCAAGACACACAGGGCAACAAUCAAAUCCUGUCUCGAGGACAACCUGCCACCAAAGAUGGAGUUCGUGCUUACACUUCCGGUAACACCCAUUCAGGCCACGCUCUAUGACACUUUUCUAGAGUCUCUCAGGAAAGAGGAGACAGGCGGCGGAAAGAUUCUUGGUGCCGUUAACAGCUUCUGCAAGGCUGGAAAAUAG